AUGUCUGGAAGAAGCAAGAUUCACCGAGAGGUUGGACUCAGUUUUCAUGACAGACGUCCAUGGUUAAUUAGGAAGCAUAAUUUGAAUGAUAGUCCUGAGGAUCGAGAGCUCGGUGCUGCUAAGGAAGAGCUUAUCGGGAGAAAGAAGAGAAGAAUACGACCAGAGAUUCCUCUUCCUAUGCAUUUGGUGAAUGAAGAGAUUCUUACGAGACUGCCUGCUAAAUCACUCAUGAGAUUCAACUCUGUCUCCAAGCUUUGGUCAUCUCACAUCAACUCACCAUAUUUCAGCAACCGCUUCCUCACCCAACGACGUCGUCCUCGUAUUUACAUGUGCUUGCUGGAUCCUAGUGACCGCCACAAAGAUGUAAUGCUAUCAUUGACUCUAGACAACACUACUACUCCCUCUUCCUUUGUAGUUGACCACGGUCUGACCAUCCUGCAGAGGGGAUGCUACUUCUUGCAAAGUCUUCGUGGCUUCAUGUGCUACACCUCCUGGGAAAAGCCGCAGAUCUUUAACCCUGCCACAAGACAGCUCGUCACCUUACCCGCCGCCCUCGAAUCCUCCAAGAUCACACCUCCUUCAGGAGUAAGUGCAAAAAUUGUUUCCUACUAUUAUGGAUACGACCCUGUUAACGGCCACUACAAAGUGGUCUGCUCAACUGGUGUAAACUUUAAAGAUUUGCAAGAGAUGAGGUCAGAGCAUUGGGUCUUUGUCCGAGGUUCGUGGAAAAAGGUGGCUCCAACUCCACUGGACUAUUGUCCUCACCUUCCAGCCAGAGGAGGAGUGUGUAUCGAUGGGGUUAUAUAUUACCUGGGUUGGACUAGUAGUAACAAUUGUGCGGUUGUGAGUUUCCACAUUAGAUCUGAAGAGUUCAAAACCAUCCAAUUACCUCAUAGGGACGACAUGUCUGCAGGACUCUACGAUGUGAGUGUUAUAGAGUAUUGUGGCAAAGUAACUGUCAUUGACCAAACCAAUCUUAGAAACAAGGGUUUGCUAGAUUUAUGGGUUGUGGAAGACGCUCGGAACAAGAAAUGGUUGCGGAAGACUAUGGCUUUGCAGCCUUGUCAGCUGCAUUUGAUCAAUGGCACCAUAUUCAACGUCAAAGGUACAACUCAAAAUGGCAAGCUUUUCUUCAUACCAAGGCGUUGGUUUUUUCCCUUUCACAUUCUCUAUUAUGAUCUGCAAAGCAAUGAUUUGCAAAAGAUCGAAAUCAAAGGUGUACCGGAAUACUGGUCAAACAAGGAGAAAUCAAACAUUAACGUUUCGUUGAUAGAGAUGAGCGAGAGUCUAUUUAAGGUGAUCGAUGUUGAUGGAGCAGAGUGA